AUGAAUACAGGAGUCUGGCUGUGGGUGUGCAGUACUUCACAGUGCAAUCAUGGGGUCUGGCCUGUUUGUGUCACACAGCUACAACUAACAGAGCUUUUGUUAUGAAGAUGAGACUUCUGGGGAGGACAUGUUUCAUUGUCUUGAGUUUGCUACCAGCUGUUUCUACACAGAGAGGGAAAUGAAGAUGAGAUUCCUGGGGAGGACCUGUCUCACUGUCUUGAGUUUGCUAUCAGCUGUUUCUACACAAGAUGCAUGGACUGUUGUUGGCUCUGGUCAGCCUGUCAUUGCUGAGCCUGGUGAUGAUGUCAUCCUGCCCUGUCACAUUUCAUCCAGACUCAGUGCUGUAGACAUGGAAGUGAGGUGGUUCAGGGACAGAUUCGACAAGCCUGUUCAUUUAUAUCUAAAGAAAAAGGAUCAGCCAGGAACACAGGACAGUGACUACCGGGGCCGCACUGCUCUCCCUCCUGAAGCACUGCAGAGAGGCGAUCUCUCUCUGAGACUGAGAGACCUCCGGCCCUCUUAUAGAGGCGUCUAUACCUGCUUCGCUGAUGAUGGAAGCUGGAAUGAAAACAGACAGACUGAAGUGAUAGUCACAGCUCUGGGGACCCAGCCCUCAAUCUCUAUGGACUCUACACAAGGAGAGCAGACCCAGCUGGUGUGCAGAUCAGAGGGGUGGGACCCUGAACCUGAAGUGAUCUGGAGAGACAGGGAUGGAAACGAUGUGACAUCACUGUCCAGCACAACACUGCUGAGGGACAGUCAAGGGCUCCUCAGUGUCAGCAGCUACAUCAAAAUCAAACAGCAGUCCAACGUGUUCUCCUGUCUGGUUAGAAGUAAAAUACCAAGACCAGACUGGGAAUCCAAACUCCACAUAUCCAGUGAUUUUUUCCCAGGAGUCUCUGGGUGGAUGGUGGCUUUCUUCUUGACUUUAGCUCUCAGUAUUGGAGCCAUUCCUCUGCUGGUGAUCCAAUGGAGAAGAAUGGAUGCCAUGGAGAGAAAGCUUGAGCCUAUGGCUGCUCAGCGCCUUCUUAAGGAACUUGAUUAACGGAUUGGCGUCGACUGGAUCUUACGUUCAGAGCGGACAGAAAGACAAGGCUGCUUCCCAGUCUCUCUUCACUGCCAGUUACGUCUACUAGACCAGUGUGCUCAUUAAACUGGGACCAGUAAACCUCACACACUGAGCCACUGCUUUUGCAAUCUGAAUUUUACAUUCCAAAAGAUGAUUUUUACAAAUUAAAAAAAUAUAUACAUGAAGAUGUCUGUCUGUAAGCCUUUCUUCCAGAGUGUUUGAAGUCAUGUGGAGCUUUAAAUAAAAAUCUACAAUGUUGGAAAAUUAAA